CAACAGCGGCAUCUGGAGAAGGGCGGCUCACUACUGCAGGAGGCGGCGACGGCGGGAGAGACGGAGGCGAGCGUGCGGGACCUGGCCGGCGCGCUCCACCUCCACCUGACGCAGUUCACGGAGCGCCUGCACCACACCCGCGACCGCCUUGAGGACACGGCCAGAUGCUACCACCUCCUCGACAAGGCGUACGAAUGGGCCCUGGCGGCCAUGAAGGUGGUGGGUCGGGUCAAGGGCGAGGGGCUCGCCUCUCCCGAGCAGGUGGGCGCCGCCGCCCGCACCCUCACAGCCCACCUUGAGGAACACCCGCCCAUCCCCGAGGACACCUUCACCACCAUGACCACCCUCGCCGCCAGACUCAACAACCACACGCUGAUGCAGCAGUGCAAGAUGGCACAGGUGCGGUGUCAGGAGACGAGCGACCUCUUACGCAGACGACAGGCAGCGUUGCAGAAAGCAAAACGACAGAUGGAGUUCGAUUGCCAGAGCUUCGUAGACUUGGGGGAGGUGUUCGGCGGCGGAGAGGAGGUGUCUCCCCUGGCGUGGCUCCCUUGCUCCCCGCUGAACGCCUCGGGCAGGCGCAGAUCGGUGUCCUCCAUAGGGUCGCGGCCCCGAGAACCCCUGUCCCGCUGCCCUUCAGUCGAGACAGACGAUGACUCCGUGUUCCUGGACCCGCCGGCGCCCACCACGCCCGCAAAGGCGCCCCUGGAGCCCCGCACCAGCCUCGGAGACAUCAAGGAGGUGCGGGAGAGCGCAGAGGACCUCCAGCAAUCCUCAUCGACCCCAAGACAGCUGGGCAGCCCCUCCACGGUGCCCUCCACCUCCCUGUCUGGCUCCAGCGGCACCAGCGGCAGCAGCUCGUGUUCCUCCAGCGACAGCUCGGGGCCGGUCACCACCACCAACAAGUUCAUGAAGCGCGCCAACACGUGGCAGUACGGGCUCAUGGCCAAGACCACCGAGGAGAGCAAUGGGCUGGAAGAGGGCGGUGUUUCCUUGUCUCCAGUCAACGGCAAGAACUUCCCUCCCUCGGCAGUCAACUCGCACCUGCUGAUCCGUGGCUCGCAGCUCAACCUGUCCAUCAACACCGAUGACCUCUCGCAGGAGGAGGUCAAGAAGAGCAAAACACUGCUGCUCAUCAUGCGCGAGCUCAUCCAGACCGAACGAGACUACGUCAACUCCCUCGAGUACAUCAUUGAGAACUACAUCCCGGAGCUCAUGAGGGAAGACAUCCCACAAGCACUUCGGGGUCAGCGCAAUGUGGUCUUUGGAAACAUCGAGAAGAUCUACGAGUUCCACUCCGGGUACUUUUUGCGUGCCCUCGAGGCCUACGAGAUGAGACCCUUUGCCAUCGGCUCCAUAUUUCUGAGAUAUGAGAACCAAUUUCACCUGUAUGCCCUGUACAACAAAAACAAGCCAAAGUCUGACUCCCUCAUGUCUGAGUAUGGGUCUGCCUUCUUCCGUAAGAAGCAGCUGGAGCUGGAAGACAAGAUGGACCUGGCCUCGUACCUCCUGAAGCCGGUGCAGCGCAUGGGGAAGUAUGCACUCAUCCUGAAGCAGCUUUUGAAGGAGUGCAGCCGAGGGGAGGAGAACUACGACGACCUGCAGGGGGCCCAGGAGAUGGUGCAGUUCCAGCUGAGGCACGGCAACGACCUGCUGGCCAUGGACUCCUUGAGGGAUUGUGAUGUGAACCUCAAGGAACAAGGAAGGUUGCUGCGCCAAGGAGAGUUUGUGGUGUGGGAGGGGAGCAGAGCCAGGAAGACUGUCAGACAUGUGUUCCUCUUUGAAGACUUGAUACUCUUCAGUAAAUCAAGGCGUGACCCAGAGAAAAAGACGCUGGACAUAUUCCAAUACAAGCACAGCAUGAAAAUGACUGACAUUGGGCUGACAGAGCAAGUUGGAGAGAGCCCCACCAAGUUUGAGAUUUGGUUCAGGAAGAGGAAGCCAUCAGACACAUACCUCCUGCAGGCUCCCAACACAGAGAUGAAGGAAUCUUGGACAGAGGAAAUCUCCAAGCUGCUGUGGCGUCAGGCGCUGCGCAACAGGACCAUGAGGCUGCAUGAGAUGUCUUCCAUGGGGAUAGGAAACAAGCCGUGCCUGGACAUCAGACCAAGUGAAGACCAGAUCAGCGACAGGUCCAUCAGCAUCAACCAGCUGAACAAAGUUCCUCGCCUACGUAGUGGCUCGGUGUGCACCAUGGGCGAUGUCAGUGGUGGGAUAGGAAAGAGGCCUCACUCCGUAAUAUCAGUCAGUUCCUCAUCAGCCUCUUCAUCCGCCUCAUCUGCGUCCUCCUCCCACUCCUCCACCGUGUGUCCAACCUACGUGGGCGCCCUCAACCUUGGCUUUGAGCCCGGAGACUCCCCCCGCGCCCUCCACCGCUCUGUGACACGCACCAGCCAGUGCUCUGCCGAGAGUGGCAUCCUGGCAGACAUGUACCCCGGGGGUGACGAGGACGCCCAGUCACACCGGCGGGUGGAGCGCUCCAACUCCACCAUCACCACCCUUUCCGUCGACUCCGCCCUCUCACCUGUCUCCUCCACCUGCCCCACCUCUCCUACCUCCUCCAUCUCCCCCACUACUCCAGGCUCUACCUCCCCCUCUGUCUACCCCACCACCAGACCCCCGGAGUCCAUACCUGAGGUGCCCUGUCCGUCACCACCCGCCAAGGACACAGCGGCUAAAACACUCCUCACAACGGAGGUGUAGUUCAAGACCACGUGCUGCCUGAUUGGGGCGCCACUGUCCAAGUCGUUAGGUUUAAAAUGUAUUUAUUAAUAGUUGACAUGUACAAAGACUAUAUUUGUUAUAUCAAUUGACUACACUUUGUAAAUAGCUUAUGAUAUGAGAAACAUUAUUACAGUCGCCCUCCUGCCCUAGCCCACAGCUGCUUGUUUGCUUUGUUAAAGUAGAAUAGUGAUGCCAAAUAACCUCUUCCUCUCAUAUUAGUUUUAUUUUGAUGUUACAAGCCAGUCAUAUUAGUUUUAUUAAACUAUUACAAGCCAGUCAUGCAGAAGUUAUUGUAUUUAUGAUUUGCAACCAACAAAGUGUUUCAUAAAUGAGCGAGACUGAGAUGGGAGGAAGACUCUGAAUUGUGUUAAUCCUAGUUACCGAGGAUGCCGGCCCCUGGCAGCAUGGGGGAGCCAUCGUGGGAAGACAGUGUGAUACAAAAUAAUGUGACCCAACUCCCGCUCUUUCCCACAAGUCAUACGUACCUGCUUGUAAUGCUCUUCCCUCACUGUUCUUUCCUGCUCGCCCUGUUUGCUGGACGCACAGUCUUACAGGUAGCACCAUUUAGAGUGACGUAGUUGAUCUUUUUGGAACAUACCUUAAGAAAAGCCAUACAGUAGUAUAUUGAGACAUCGCAAUUCAUCAUGUGAAUUGCUGCUGUCGGACUGUAGUUAACAAUGGUGCUACUCUGCCUGCUGCUGGGGACUCUUAAACUUCUACUGAGAAACUCUGCAUCUGCUUGAAAAUAGUCUAAAAGAGCAUUCCUAUAUCCUGUACAUAACGCCACCUGAAUGCUGCUGUCCAUUCAGGUGUUUCCAAUCUGAUUUAAAAAUUAUUAUAUUAAAUGUUAAUUAUACAAUUCAGACCUUACUCCUAUUGCUAUUUCAGUUUGAAUGAUAGGUUAACAAUUAAACUUCCUUGAUUUACUUUCAUUAAUACAUGAUUAUUUGCAAGAACACAACUUCCUUUGAUCCUUUAUUUACUAUUUCCAGUAAAAUACAGUCACUGUAAUCUAGUUCUGCUUGAGGUUCAUGAGUUUUGAGAGCAAUACAAUGAAUGUUGAAGGAGGUGGUGGCUGCAGUGUGAGGACACAGUGCUGCAAGAAGCAGUAAUUAACUGGCCCGGGCAUAGUGGCCUCCACCGCAGCCAUCAUGCAUAAUUUAGUGUUGUAAAUAAUAUUUUUGUAAUACCAUAAACAUUGUGAUGUCUAUGCCUGGAAGUUGCAUCUAAUUUCCUCAAUCCUUGCAACUGUAAUUCCAAUGCAAUCACACUUUCUGUGCCACAAAGUCAGUUGGUCAAUUUCCAUACUUUUCUGUCUUUGAUCAAGAUAGUUCUAACUGACAUACUACAUAUACUUUAUCAUUUCUUACAUUGUACAUAUAUACUUUCUUGUCACAUUGUACUGGUUUCUUGUAAUAUGAAGCUGUCAACAAUAAAUAAAAAUUUUCUUCUAUAUUUAAA